GGGACGUCGGUUACUUGGACAAGGGGGCUUCUGCCGUCUGUUCAACGCGUUCCGUGACAAGGAAGAUCCUCUGAAUAACAAGCCUCAGCAUGUUCCCGACGGAUUCGAGAGGUUCACGAUCGACAUGGCGCCCCGCCGGACGAUCAACGCCGUUGGCUCGGGUCCCCUGCUCAGCGGGACCGUCAAGAAAGUCGGAGGGAAGGCGGAAGCCGCCGUAGAUGGCACGAAGGCGGGCUUCGAGUUCGAAUGUGUGGAAAACCAAGGUGCUUGCGUCGUUGUCGGUUCGUCUGCUGCGCGCGCGGAACUCCACCAGGCGCGCCGGAUGAAGGCGUAUAUGAAGAAGAACAUCGACAGCUGGGUGCACUACGCCACAGAGGUCCUCGGUAUGGAGAAGCGGCUCGACGAGGUUUUGUUCGUCAGAGGAUGGGUCAAGACGACUCAUUGGGCUGUAGUCGCGUUCGUCGAGCGAGCGAAGAACGCGAAAGUGAGUGUCAACGGAUCGUUCGGCGCGAUGGCGGAAAUGGGCGGCCGCCUCGUGGUGGAGUCGUCGUCGAGGUCUGUGAAAUACCACUCUGGUCCAGAGAGCACCACGGUCCAGAUCCCGCAGGUUAGCCCCAAGCGCAACAAGGAGGGGAAGAAUCGCGAGGUGGCUGAGGUCGGGCCCAAAGUCGAGAUGAAAGCAGACCAAUGUAUCUUCUUGCACUACUUCAAGAUGAAGAGGAGACCGGUUCUGCCUGCGAAGAUAGAAGCUGCAGCGGAACCGCGCGAUGUGUCCUCUAUCGAUGAUGACGAGGACGAUAAGUUCGAAGAGGCUCCGCUGAAGAAAAAGUGCUACGAUCCAGUUGACCAUAUACUCGACUAUAUAUUACAGAACUCUGACGCAACCGAAGCUAUCGCGGGCGACGGCGAUAUCCUAGAACUUUGCAAGAACAAUGAGCCGAGUGAAUACCCCAUCCCAGACGACAUACCCGCUUUCCUUGAGACUGUCCGCCCAGAAAUCGAGCUCACCAAUGAUGGUCUUGGUAUGUUGCUCUUCAACGAUGACAUCACGAUUCAACACAUUGCGGAAAGCGCCGCCCUCGCGCAAAGAAAUGCGGCGAAUCCUGCCGGAUCGGAAGAGAGGCCACCUGAAGAGCAGACUGAAGCGCAAGCAGGAGCCGAUCCAGAUUCGGCUCAGGGUUCAGCUGGCGCCGACGACUCUGCUGGCAAGUCGCACGGCAACCGAGAACGUACCGCCAACGACGGCCGGGGUGACGCGGCCGGCGGCAACCGAGACGCACCUCGUGAGGAAGGAGAGGGGAAGAAGUUUGGGAUCAGUUUUGAGUCGAGCGACUCUCUGCUGCAAAUGCCACACGACGUGGAUCUCGAGCGCAAAGGCGGGGUCUUCGCGCUCGCGUACUCAACCGCUGGCAACAAGGUCGCCGCCGGAUUCGAGGACGCGACCGUACUCGUAUGGAGUGGCGCGAGCCGCCGCUUGCUGUAGACUCUUUCAGGAUACCACAAUGCGGUCUGCUCGUUGGCGUUCUCGCCAGACGGUCAACGCUUGGUCACCGGGUCCAGGGACCACCUCGUCAU